AGACGUCAUGGCCACCCAAGUGCCUGCCCACGCGCACGAAGACUUCCUCCGGUUAUUCCACAGUCGGGAAGCAAAGCUUCGUGGAAAACCCGCCGUAGAUGCUCUCAACAAUGCACAGCAUGCGGCGCUACGCAAAAAGCUCGAGUCGGUACAUUUCAUACCUCCAGUCUGGUCUCUCGCAACCCAGAAGGGUGUUGUUGAUACCGCAAAGAGACGGGAGAGAUACUGCAACGAUCAAAACCUCGGAGACUGGCAAACCGAGCUACUCGAAGCUGGCGAGAGCAUCAAGUCGAUUGCUAUGGGCUUCCUUCUUUGGAUAUGCGAGAGGAGCGCGGUGAGAUCCUAUGGGACUACCUGGGUCUACUUUCGAAUGCAUGCGAGGCCGGAGAAAAGAGGAAAGAGAAAGAUUUGCAUGCGUGACGGCCGACCCGGGUUCUUUUGUGUCUCUCCUCCCGACGCACGCGUGGGAACGGCCGCAGCUGCGGGAGCAUGAGUAAUUCUGGUGAUCCGAGGCGUAGAGG